CUUGGGCCCGGCAGUCGGCGGCCAUCCGGCCCGAGAUGGGCGCCGGCCCAUGGGACGGACCCUGAGCCGCGGUUCCCGCGUUCUGGGAGGCCGGAUUUGAGGCCGGAUUUGAGGCCGGAUUUGAGGCCGGAUUUGAGGCCGGCGGGACUGGCUGGAGCCGGGGUGAGCUCAGGCCGGACGACUAAUGGUGAUUUUCUGCUUUCUCCUGCAGAUACUUGUACAUAGAUAGUGUAAAUCGAUCGAAGAAGCGGCGGCCACGUUGAUUGCUCGUGCGGAUUGUUUCCAUUGCCCCCAGAAGCCGGGUCGUGCCACACACCCGAAGAAACACCAACCACACCCACACACCCACCCACCCCGAACACACACCCUCUCAGUCACCCAGCCACCCCGUGGGCGAUGGCGAAGGGCAAUCCCGGCCCUCAGAGCGGCGGCGGCGGCGGAGGUCGCGGCGGCGAGGCCAAGGCGGCCAAAGACUCGAAAUCCGGCCACAUGCAGCCGCACAACAACAGCCACCAUGCGCGCACGGGCGGAGGCGGGCGAGGCAAAAAGGCCGCCCCCGCUCACAACCACAGAGAGGCUGAGGAGCAGCUCGCGUCCCAAUACGCGGCGGAUGAUACCAAAGGCACGACCACCCAGAGUGGCGGGGGCCCAGACGGCGGGGCCCCGCCGCCUCACUCUUCGGAGACCCCCCAGACCAAAAAGAUGGAGCACCCCAAGGUGCAGCCCACCUCGGAGCAGAUGAUGAUCGCUCAGAUCAUUCGGGACAAUGCCGACGAGAUCGAAGCCCAGAAGCGGAAGAUUCAACAAGUCAUUGAUAUCACGGGCCGGGAGGAGGACGAGGUGGCCACGGCGUUGUUCGACGCGGGUUGGGAUCAGAAUCGGGCCGUGGAGCUCUUGCUCGAGGGCGGCAUGAGCGCCUGGGAAGAGACCGGCAAGAAGAAGAAAAAGAAGCAACCCGCCGAGGACCACCACAAAGACGACUGGGACGAGAGCGGCGAGAAUGGCGCUCAAGAGCGGGAUCGCAAUGCUCGUCAGCGGGGACCCCCUCGACUCCGGCGAGGCGGUCGAGAAGGGCGUGGUGGUAGUCGCGGUGGUCGGGAUCGUGGUGAGGGUGGUGAUCGUCACCAUGACUUCCAUCACAAUGACGCCUUUGACGGGGCCUCGGGUGCUGGUGGUGGCAAUUUCCGAGGUGGCCGACGGGGCGAUCAGCCGCCUCGACGGGGUGGACGCGGUGGCCGGGGUGGUGGGGGAGCGGGCAGUGGACCUGGGCGAAGUUCAUACCAGUCCAACGGUCCAGCGGCGGGCUCUGUGGCCGUUAAUGCCACUGGUGGUGGUCUAGGCAAUAUUGAUACGUGGAAUCCGGCGGGAGGAGGCGGGGGCACGGGUGGCAGUGGCGGGGCUGUGGGCCCGUCGGGUAAUUCUGCCCCGUCAGUCGGUAGCUCGGGCAAGCCCGGUGGCAGCAACAAAGAUGCGUUCGACAACGCGGGCAACUGGGGCGACGACUUCCCGCCGGCCGAGGACUGGGAUAAUGAGGAGUACACCGGCUCGUUGGCCGACACCAAAGUAUUCACGGCCAGUUCUUCGGCCAACACUGCGCCGCACAAGGGCGCCAAAGGUGGGAGUGGGGGCCCCAAAGCACCCGGUGGUCAAAGUCGGACCUUUUCGGCUGCUUUGGAUCCCAAUUCAAAUCCAGCCCUGGCUCCCGGUGCCACCAACAAUGGAGGCCCGCCUAAUGUGUCGGCCACACCUGGUCUGACUGGCUCAGCUUCAUCCUACUCCCAGCCCAUCGACUUGACUACCAUUCUGCAGAAACCAACCACCCAAUCCUCGAUCAACAGCACGCAGCCUUCGUUGCUCCAAUUCUCCCAUCAGGCCGCCACGGACUCGUUAAAGGCCGCUGUGGGUAUUGGCGCACCCGUGGCGCCUGGAGGUGGCGCUCCAUCCGCCAAGACUGUCUCCGGUGAUCUCAACUACUCGGCGUAUCCGCCCAAUCCGGCGAGCGGAAGCUACGGUGGAUCUGCCUUCUCCUCCAUCAAGCCUUCGCCCAAUGGGGGCGUGGGUAAAGGAGGUGUACCGUCCGGACCUCGCUCCCGCGUCCCGCCUCCCUCCAAGAUCCCCAGCUCAGCCGUGGAGAUGCCCGGAGACUCGUUGACCCAAUUGGACGUGCAAUUCGGCGCCCUGGACAUGCAAAAUGUCAAGGGCCCAAUGGGUGGCAGCGACCCCAGCAAUUCGGGCUUCGAGUUCAACGGCUCUGAUAGUGACAAGUAUAUGGAUCCCAAAUCGGGCUCCAACAAGCCCAGUGGGCAUGACUUCAUGGGCGCCCCGCCUUCGGCCAAGGAGGUGAACAAGACUCUCUCGAAUGUCAUUUCCGGCGGCAAGCUCAACCCGUCGGAGGGUGGUGGCGGUGUGGUGUCGGGGUACGCCUCGGUAGCGUCCAACGAUCGCCAGCCUCCCAGUGCUACGGGUGGACCACCAGUGUCAAGUACUUAUAACGUCUCCCGAGGAGGACCCGUCGCUCAAGCCACCGGUUCAGGACUGGAAGCCAAACCGGGUAAUGACGCCAGUUUGAGUGGUUACGCCAAUUACGCCAACACCUACCAACAACACCAGAGCCAGAAGUCGUCAAGUGGACAUCCCUACGGGUCGUCGUCUGCGUCAUCGGGUUACGGAGCCUCACAGCAGCCCACUGGCUAUGGCGGUCAUCAAUACAGUCAGGGAGGGAAUAGCAACGCCUCGAGCUACACCAAUGGUGGAGGCGCAAGCUACCCGUCUCAACAAGCCACGGGCUAUGGCGGCCAGCAACAACAGCAGCAGCAGCAGCAGCAGCAUCGACAUGGAGACGUCCAAUUGCUUGGGCUCACCACAACCACCAAUGCCCUCUCCAGCAAGGUGUCUGCCACGUCUGCCAGUAAAGUCAGUAUGCCCAACCUGCCGCCCGGCGUGGCUGGCAUGACCAUGCCCCCUCAAUACAUGCACAUGGGUAACCACCCCAAUAUGCCCUACUUUGGCCUACAGCAACCGGGUGGGACGCCCAUAUUUUCGCCCUACACCGGACUCGAGGACCUGGCCGCAUUGCAGCAUCGCAAUGCGGCUGCCAGCCUCCAUUCGCUGUCAAACACUGGUUAUUUCGACCCAACCAAUGGUCAUUACGUCGGAUCCUCGCUCACAUCCAGCCGAAGUGAUAAUGCGAGUACGAAUGUGGGUAACAACUCGAACCCCAACCUGAGCUCGUUCGCGGACAAGAGUUUCGGCAACGUUGUGGCGGCCUCGGACUCGACCUCGAGUCCCAUUCCGAGUACCCUCCAAUCGGCGGUGGCCUCUCAAUCUGCGGCCGUGGCCGCUGCGGCGCAACAGCAACAACAGCAGUCGUUCAGUCUUGCCACGAAUGCGUUUGCUCAGAGCCAGACUCUCCCGCCGGGAUACGCCUACUUCUACGGACAGAUGCCAGGUAUGCAGCCCUAUGGGAGUGGGAUGUAUCCGCCCAAUGCCGCGGCUUUAGCGGGUGUGCCAACCACCACCACGCAGUUCCAACAAAAAGGAUUUGGAUCCAAUUAUUCCUAUGACGCCCUAGGCCAAGGUAACAAGGACUUCUCCAACGCGUAUGGAGGGGGUAAUCCUUCGGGAGGAAAAGGAGGUAAUUCCGGUUCGGGAGGCAACAACGGUGGUAAAAAUGGUCAAUAUUGGGGCAAUAACUCAUUGAGCACUCAAUUGUGGUGAAACCUCUAACAAUGAGUGUGUGAGAGAGAUCAUGAAUUUGGCCACCCUAAACAAUCCGAACCUUUCGAGGUGAUGUCCCAUCUCUCCCCAAGAAUUUCCUCAUCCAGAAUCCAAGGGUGUUUUUUCGUUGUAGUUCAUGUCUGAAAAUAGUGCUCAUAGUAAAGAAAAGAAGAACGAGGACAGGACGAUUCAAACUUGGGGAAUCCCAAAGAACGAACGAGCAAACGAACGAACGAUCGAUCACACACACCACGCCCCCAACCCAAUCUUCUAUCAUUAUCAUUUGCAAUGUUUAGUGUACGUACACCAUUACAACAAUUCUUAUCAGCAUCCUCAUCUUCUUCACUACUACGUUUGAAAGUGCCGCCGCCGUCACAACGACGACCACUACAAAAUCAACCCUGUCUAUCUACUGUCUGUCCCAUAUUCUGUGAAAGCCAUUCCUCCACAUUUUUCCCAAAGACGCCGAGAAGACCCUCCAGAUUUUCGACAGACAAUAUUAUUACUAGUGAGUGAGUUAGUGAGAUAGUGAGUGGUGGUGUCUUUCCUCAUCCUCAUGAUCAACCAACCAUCCUUCUGCCCUCUUUGAUUUCCGAGAUUGUGUCCCGUGAUCCUAUAAAAGAUAAAACGAACCCUCGAAAACCACCCGAAAACUAAAUAAAAAGAAGCUUCAUUCAAGAACCACGUCACUUGAUUUUUUGACUCGCCCUAAAACGCAAAACAAGGAAAAAGAAGAAGAAGAAGACUAUGUUGAUUUGAAAUAUCAUUUCCCAUCAUCGUACUGUACUACGAGAUUCGACUCGAGAGGACCCUUUUCAGAUUCGAGACACGAGUCGAGCACCUCACAUCCCGUGGGCUGGGCUUAGUUCCUGAUCUAAUCCCCGCCAUCCCUUCCUUCUUUGCUUUUGUAAAUCUGUGGUUUCGCCCCGAGCAGGCAACACUAGCACACACACACACACACAUCAACACUCUCACAUAACCAUAUCGGGAUGAUUGUAGCAUCUUUGGACUGACAGCAUAAAGGCAUUAUCUUAUCUUGCAAUAGCAGAUUUCUCGGAAGCCACACACACACCCACACACACACCAUCCACCUCGCCAUCUUCUCAAAGACAGUUAGCUGACUUGCUGGCUCCGCUCGUCAAAUUCGGAAUUCGGAAUUCGGCAUCAUGACUAACCGGAUAUUGACGUUGAUGUUAAUUAAUGAUCGUGCCGAUUUCCCUUCUACUAGUGCUACUACUAAAACCACUAUUACUACCAUUAAUUACUAACACUACAAAUGCCACCUCGGACAUCCUUUCCGCUCCUCUGAAAUUACGACACCUUCAAGAACGUGUGAUGUAUUGCUAAACUCUUACUGCUACUACAACUCUUACUGUACUACUCCUACUACUACUACUACUACUACUACUAUUACUACCACCAUUACUGUAUGCUAUUACUGCUAAACUACUACUACUACUAUACUACUUCUUGGAUUCAUUCUGAUUAUUUACUCUUGGUUUUUGUAGCUACUACACUCAUGAAAAUAAAGUGAAACCCCACUUGAAACCCA